AUGUUGAGUGGCUGGAUAGUCUUCAACACGGCCCUCGGUUGUUCCGAUAGCGACUCAAAUGACUGCAUUACUCGCACUAUGACAUCUGUCACGACCUAUGAGACGACACUUCCCCAGCCAACAACAACAACGCCACAACCACCUGGCUGUACAGACAGUGCAGUGGCAUGUCCAUCAGCUGAUUCGUGUCCGGGAUGGACCGAUUGGAAGACCUACAAGGCGAAGAAUGGUGUGAACCUGGGAGGCUGGCUUGAACUCGAACGAGUCUUCUAUCCAGAGUGGUGGGAUAGUGUCGCACCUGAUGCAGCAGACGAGUGGACUCUCUGUGAGAGCUUGGGCGCAGAGUGCAGUCGCGUCCUGGAAAACCACUACGCAACAUAUAUCACGACGAGUGAUAUCGACAAAGUUGCGGCCGUUGGAGUGGAGAUCCUCCGCAUCCCAGUGACUUAUGCAGCCUUCAUAGAAGUCCCCGGGUCGCAACUUUAUCACGGAUCUCAGCUGGCGUACCUGCGCGAGAUCACCGAAUACGCGAUCUCCGAAUACAACAUGCGCAUCAUUCUCGGUCUCCACUCUCUCCCCGGCGGAGUCAACAUGCUUGACAUUGGCGAAGCUCUCGGCCACGAUGACUGGUUCUACAACCAGACAAACCUAGACUAUUCCUACCAAGCUGUGGAGGCAGUGCUAGACUGGAUCUCGGACGCCUCAAAGCCAGAGGCGUUCACGUUCUCCCCGAUCAACGAGGCGUCGGAUAACAUCGCCGGAUUCGGGACGCCCGACACCCUUACAAACAACGGUACGGUCUGGGUCGUGGAAUACGUCCGCGGGACCAUUGAUCGGGUCAAGAAGAAGCUGCCCUGUUUACCCAUUAUGAUGCAAGAUUGCUUCAUGGGCGAAGAACACUGGUCGCCGUACUUUGGCGAAUGCGACAACGUGGCUAUGGACGUGCAUAUCUACUACUUCGCAGCCGCGGGGAUCUACUCCCAGUAUGUCCCGGUCGCAAUCUGUGGACAAGCCGAAGGCACUGUGGGCGAUGGGAAGCUCCCUGUAUUCGUCGGCGAAUGGGCGCUGCAGGUGUUGUACAAUAAUUCUUUCGCUAUGCGCGAAGAGAUAUUUAACACACAGCGGUAUGCCUGGUAUAAGUAUCUUCAUGGGGGAACGUUCUGGUCGAUCAAGCAUAAUAGCAUUGCACCGGUGGAUGGGGAGGGUCUGCAAAGAGACUACUGGAGUUACGAGGGUCUGAUCGAUGAGGGCGUAAUUACGCCGUGGGAUGACAAUGAGGUUUAUUGCGAGUAA